GGGGCGGCUCAGACUGAAGGGCCGCCACCUUGGCUAGGUAGCCGCCGUGUUAGUCCGCCCCGGGAGGCCUUGCGGCACCUCAGAGACGAAGACACUGAUUUGAGCAUAAGCUCUCGGGAGCGGCAGAUUGCGGAAGCCAUCUUUGUUUAGGGCACAGCGGGGCUUCACGUUCCAUAGGGGGAAGGCUGACAGCCAUCUUAGUGUGGACCAGGCCUAGGAUGAAUGGGUGACAGAACUGGGUGAAACUGACUCAGAUCAACAGAGGAGCUGGAAAGCCCAUGAGUCACUCCUAAUGACUGAACAAGCAACACCUAACAUGAGGAAACAGGGCAGGCAGAAGGUAUGACCUCAAUGGCAGAAGAACAAAGGAGAAAGGAGUGAAAUGGCUGGAAUAACAUCAGCUGUUCAGAGAGAGAGACAGGGCUCUCCCACCUGGGUCUCAGGCCUGCUCUAUAAUAGGAAAGUAAGUCGGUGUAACUACGUUACUCAGGAGUGUGAAAAACCAGGCCUGGAAGAAGCAAAUAUGGUUCCUCCAUCAGCGUUGCUCAAGGGAGAUGCGGCUCUUCGCUUCGCUUAACCUUCGCUUCUCCACACGGCCCUAAGCACUUUCAGAUACCAUAGGCCAGGGGACAGAGAAAUGGUUUUCUGGUGUCACCGCAAAUAGGACCAGCCUUGUGCCCAGAAGGGCCAUGGAACGAGCCUCCCGCAGGAGUAUGGCUUGGCCGGAUUCACUGCCGGAGCCACAGAGAGAGACAAAGAUUGCUGCCUCUCAUCACGAGGCCAGAGUCGUGGAGGCCACAUGCCAGCCCCUGUAGGGUUCUGUCACACUAAAAGGGUCACUCCCAAGGACGGGGCAUUGAUGAGAGCCUGGGAACCCAUGACACAAGGGCUUAAGUCCUUUUGUAGAUCUGAUGCCCAGUGCCAGCCAUCUUGAAUUAGGGUAACCUGCAUCUGAAUGGGCAGAGAGGAUGGGGUGAGACCGUAUGCCCCAUGUGCUCCCACCUGCACAUGCACGGUCGAACAGCUAUGACGCACUGCCCCCGGCACGGCAUGCUGCCCCAUGCACGCCUGCCCAGCAAGUUACAGAACCAGGUGGGCCUGUCCCAUGGCCGGAGCUGCUGGCAUCGCUGGAGGCAGUGAUAGGAAAUCAAUGUGCAAGACGGUGCUUUUCUAUGUGUUGUAAGAGACCAGGUAAAGUGACAGAUUGCAAAAUAGAGAGGUGGGGGGAACACACACGCCCCUCCCCAUACACACAUGCACACCCACACACCUGAGUGCUGGAGGCAUAAGGAAAUGAGAUUAAAAAGAAUAAAGCCAUGUGUGUUUGUCUGACCAAGGCCAGGAAGACAAAACAACAAGGAAGCCCAAACACACACUGCCAUGAAGAGUCAGAGAGAGAGAAAGAACAGGAGUACUUGUGGCACCUUAGAGACUAACCAAUUUAUUUGAGCAUGAGCUUUCGUGAGCUACAGCUCACUUCAUCGGAUGAAGUGAUGCAUCCGAUGAAGUGAGCUGUAGCUCACGAAAGCUCAUGCUCAAAUAAAUUGGUUAGUCUCUAAGGUGCCACAAGUACUCCUUUUCUUUUUGCGAAUACAGACUAACACGGCUGUUACUCUGAAACCAGAGAGAGAAAGGUGUGUGGGGAUAGAUAGAUGGAUGAUGAUGGGGUGUAUGGAGAUCGAGAGGGGGGAUCAGGUAUAUGAGGAUAGAUAGAUGAAUGGGGAGGUCUAGAUAGACCUCUAUGGGGUCUAUGGAGAUGGGGUGUAUGGGGAUAAAUAGCGUAUAUUCCAGGUGUUCUCAAACUGGGGGUUGGGACCCCUGAGGCUGUCGUGAGGUUAUUACAUAGAGGCUCGUGAGCUGUCAGCCUCUACCCCAAACCCUGCUUUGCCUCCAGCAUUUAUAAUGGUGUUAAAUAUAUUAAAUUUACUUUUAAUUUAUAAGGGGGUUGCUCUAAGAGGCUUGCUGUGUGAAAGGGGUCACCACUACAAAGGUUUGAGAACCACUGGCCUAUUCAAUGCCAUACAUCCCCAGCUAUCUCUCCCCAUACACGCCCCCUUGAUCUAAUUCCCAACGGUGGUGGUGUCGCCAGGGCUCCAUGUCUCCAAACCCAGCCCCGGCUGCAGCGGCUAUCUUUCCAGAAGCUGCUUUAUCCAAACACAAAGGACUGGUCUUAGUACAAGGGUAAGUGGAUGAGUCUCAGGUGGUCGGACUGAGGGAUAAUGGUCCCCGGGAUCUCGGAAUCUGUCCCUCCUGGCUGAGCCCCCUCCCGCCCCAAGCCACUAAGCUCUAGCUCUCUCGCUCACUCCCUGUGGAGCAGUGGCUCUUGGCCCUUGCAAUAACCCAGUGAAUGUGCCACCAGGAGACGGGUCUGAGCCCAGCCCACUGGGUCUGUAACCUGGGCUCAGCGGCACUGGCAGCUCCCCGUGGGGACCCGGCUCUUUCACUGAGCGUCUGGGGCUGCCAGGUUUAUGGGCACCUUAUGAGCCCAGGCAUUAUGGGAUCAGCCCUGAAAUCAAGCCCCUUCCCCUGCUCAUUUCCCAGACGAAAACAAUGCUCCAGGCCUCCUUUUAUCCUUGUCAUCUAAGGGCUCAGCCGCUCCCAGGCCUGGGCAGGCCUGAGGGACCUACAGGGCUGUGGCAUAGGGAACAAGGGGAGAGCAGAGAGAGUCAAAACAGGUCUCAUCCAGCACUGAGAUGCAGCUAUCUCUGGGAUGGGGCAGGGAGGCUGUUUAUACAGGGAUCCCAUGCCUGGCACUGAAAUGCAGCCCCUCUGGCAUGGGUCCCAGGGGGGCAGUUUACAUAGGGACCCCUUGCCCGGUGCUCAGACACGACCCCUCCAGGUGGGGCAUGAGGAGACACAUGCAUAGGGCCCCCUCACACUUGGCUCGGAGAUGUAACCAUCUCUGGGGUGGGUGCUGGGGCUGCUUAUAGGCUAAGUACAGGCUGCAGAACAGCCUGAAUAAAAUGCAUAUGGACAACGCCCCCGCCCCCCGCGUCUUGCCCCCAGCUGCCCCAUCCUUCCGGGGGGGGGGGGGGAGUGUGUGCACUGGGGGGGACGGGACUGGAGGCUCACAGGAAUGUGGGGUCGGGGUCUGGAGGUUCCUGGGGGGUGAGGGGCUGGAGGCUGUGAGGGGUGAUACGGGGAGGCUGAAGGAUCCUGGGGAAUGAUGUGGCAUGCGGGGUCCUAGAGGUGUGUGUGUGGGGGGGGUGGAGUCUGUAGGCUCCUAGGGGGUCCGGGCGGGGGGGGCUGGAGGAGCCUGGAGGUUCCCGUCCUGUCCCAAGGGUAGCCGAGGGCGGGUCUCUCCGGUUUCCCCGCCCCGGGAGCAGCCCGCACCUCCCGCAGGUUAAAACACCCGGAACCGGGAUCCAGCUGCAGCGCCUUCGCCAGACCCUCUAGUGCCCGUGGACCCGGACCCGGAUCCGAUCCCCCGGAACCGGACCCCCCUGCCCGUGGACCCGGACCCGAUCCCCCGGAACCGGACCCCCCUGCCCGUGGACCCGGACCCGAUCCCCCGGAACCGGACCCCCCUGCCCGUGGACCCGGACCCGAUCCUGUCUGACAGCUGUAGCCCUGAACCCUCCUAGAACCGAAUAGACCCGUGAUGGCUACUCCGACCCCCGCCCGAUCCCUCCCCGCCAUGGGAGACCCCUUCCACCUCUCCCUGCUGCGCACUCCGCGCGGCCGAUUCCGCGUCUCGCUGCCCCCAGGGGGUGAGUUCCUGCUGGGGACCCCGGAGCCACUGAGCCGUCCGGGCGCCGCUGGCCAAAGCUUCUGCAUCCCUAUCACCGAGAUGGUCGGGGUGCAGCUGGGCGGGUCUGGCUCCUCCCCCACAGUGGAGGGAAACCAGUUCACAGUUUUCUUCGUGCAGCGGGAGAAGCGACAGCGCUGGAGCCUGGGCUCCCUGGAGUUCACUGUGGCCCCUGGCUCGGGGCUGGCCCCCCGCUGGGUCGAUGCCCUGCAGCGGAGCAUCCAGCUGCAUGGUGUCACACGCCCCAGGAAGCUUCUCGUCUUCGUGAACCCCGUGGGGGGGCGGUGCCGCGCGGGUGAGAUUUACCGGGACCGGGUGGCCGGGCUCUUUGCCCUGGCAGGGAUCCAGACAGAAGUCAUAGAGACCCAGCGACCCCACGAGGCCAGAGAGCUCAUCCUGCAGCAAGACCUGGGCGACCUGGAUGGGCUGGUUUGCGUCGGGGGUGAUGGGACGUUUAACGAGCUGAUGCAUGCACUCAUCUCCCGGACACAGAGGAAGGCUGGGAUUCCUGAGGACAACCCUGCGGCCCCACUCCUUCCCCCCAGACUCCGCAUCGGCAUCAUCCCUGCAGGCUCCACGGACUGCAUCUGCUUCGCCACGGUGGGGACCAAUGACCCCGUCACCUCUGCCCUGCACAUCAUCAUCGGGGACAGCCAGCCCCUGGACGUGUGCAGUGUCCACCACCAUGAGCGGCUGCUGCGGUAUGCGGUCUCGCUGGUGGGCUACGGCUUCUAUGGGGAUGUGGUGAGCGACAGUGAGCGGCACCGCUGGAUGGGCCCGAUGCGCUAUGACUUCUCAGGGUUCAAGGCCGUGCUGUGUAACCGCAGCUACGAGGGCACCGUGGAGUUCCUGACCGCAGGGGGCACUGAGGCCAAUCCCCGGGACCAGACGCGCUGCAGGGCAGGCUGCCUUGUCUGCUCCGAGUCCAGUCACCAGCUCCUGGGGGGGAGCGAGGAGGAGAAGCUGCCACAGCAGGAAAGCACUGGGGCUGCAGUCAGUGAGUGGCAGCGGGAGCAGGGCCGUUUUCUGGCCAUUAACUUGACCUGCAUGAGCAGCGCCUGCCCCAAGAGCCCCGACGGCCUUUCGCCCAGCGCCCACCUGGCCGACGGCACAGCCGACCUCAUCCUGGUGCGCGAGUGCUCAGCUCUGGGCUUCCUGCGUCACCUGAGUCGACACAUGGACCAUCGGGACCAGUUUGACCUGCCCUUUGUGAGCGUACACCGGGUGCGGGCCCUGCGCUUUACCCCCAAGCAGCUGGAGGGCAGCGAGGAGAGGGAGCGGCCUGGCUGCAGGGGGUGGAAAGGGCUUCUACAGGGGCUGUGCUGGGGGGAGCAGCCACUGAGCUCCUGGAGCUGUGAUGGGGAGACCCUGCCCCAUGCCGACAUCAGUGUCAGGGUGCAUGGGCAGCUCAUCCACCUGUUUGCCCGGGGCAUCGAGCAGAAGAUGGGCCUGGUUUAGGGGCUGCCUGGAGCUGCGUCCUGUGAGAGGGCUGUUCCCUCGCCCAACAGCGGAGACCAAGAGCCCUGCAGGGUGACAGACACUGUGGUCUGCGGGACAGCCACAUGUCAGAGCCCUCUGUUUGCUCCCUGACCCCCAGAGGGAGUUGUGCCAUGCUGGGUCGGCCGUGGGGGUUGAACCAUCCCUGCCUGGCUGGCUCCGAGGUGGGGUGCGGACUGGAGCGGAACCCACAGUCCUCUGCAGCAACCUGGGGGCUCAGGCUGCCACCACCCUGCAUGAAGCCGCUGCAGUGAUCACAGUCGGUGUAGUGGGGUGGUUACGUCAGCAGGAGCCAAAGUUCAGUGUUGACACUUUCAGUUAGGUCGAUGUAAGUGGCCUUGGGUCGACCUAACCCUGUAGUGUAGCCCAGACCCCGGGGGUAAACAGGGCCAGAUAUAAUGUAGCUGGGGGAGUGGGCACGAUGGGGGGCAAGUAGAGAACUCUGGGGGGGCUUCUGAAAAAGCAGCUCAGUCACAAAUAAAGGGAGAACGGGUCCCGCUUGGCUGUGUUUGGUUUCCACCAGGGGUGGGUAUCAGGGGCAUCCGGUGCCUUUGUGGUGGGGGUGGGCAGCAAGACAUGCCUCGAUAGGCUGUGAGGGGGUGGGCACUGUGCACGGAUGGAGACUGGCCUCUGAUUUAAUGCCGCUCCCUUCCCUGCGGCUAUCACUAGGGCCAUC